GGCCGCACGUCGUCCGUCGGCAGCUGUCACUGACAAAUUCGUCUGCUUCGUGUAAAUUUGUGUGAUGAACGAGUUUAGAUUUUUUUAUUUAUUGCAUAAAUAUGGUCUACAUUAACAGAUAAUGGAUCGUUUGAUUGCCUAUUUUACUCUUAACUUAAUAAAUUGUGUAUAAGCUAUCUAAACGGUGUUGUUUUUGAUAUAAUGGAGGAUCUCAAUUUGACAGAAACCGAAAUGAGAUAUUUCGGUGAUUUGUUUUUAUGUUGUGACGAGGAAUCCAAUGGGAAAAUACCAAUUUUAAAAGCAACGGAACUAUUUAGAUCAUCUAAUGUACCUAACGAUAUCCUAAAACAGAUCAUGGAUAUAAGCGUGGCACCUAGUAACUCAGCAUCGCUGAAUCAUAUGAACAGGAAACAGUUUUAUUCUACUUUAAAAUUAAUAGCAGCUCAUCAAACAAAUGUAGCAUUGAAGCCUGAACUUCUGUCCACUCCUCUGGAUCUGCCCCUGCCAAGGUUUACAUGGGCACUUAAUUCCGAGGCUAGCGCAGAUUUAAUACAAUUAUCUAAUUCACCUAAGGAACAACAUAUCCCUAAAAGAGAAAGGAAUUUUACUAGCAACAUUGGAGCAUAUGAACCCAUAAGAUUACAGUCAAAUUUAUCUGAUAGUGAUGUGCCACAAACGCUGUCUCAUGAUAACACGGAAGCUCUAAGCACUGACUCGGAAAUGGAGUCUGAAACAAUGUCACAGAGGUCAGACACACAUGGGCGGCGAGGUAAAAACGGAUCACCAUGGAGCACAGCCAGUGAAAGUCCAACACCAACCAAUAGUGUAGCAGAGCGGGUGCACCCAGUGUGGGAACAUAGUGCCACGGGCCGUGGUGUGUGGCCCGCCAACACCGGCGAGGAACACACUAGGCUACUGGGCACGGAGGAGGAAUCAUCCGACCGACAUUCAUCCGAAGAAGAGGGCGAGCCAGAAGGAGAAGAGGCGACGAGCGACGCGUGGAGCAUCAGCAACGAACAAGCCCAGCAUUAUGCGGCACAGUUCGCGCAGCUGCGGCCCGAGCGCGGGCUGCUGUCCGGACACACUGCCAGAUUGUUCUUCGAAAAAUCCCGACUAUCGGUGCCGGACCUACGCAAGAUAUGGCAGCUGUCCGACAUCAACAAGGACGGCAUGCUCUCCUUAGAAGAGUUCAGCAUCGCCAUGCACCUUAUAGUCCUGCGGCGCGCCGGAGCGCCCGUCCCCUCCACCCUGCCCCCCGCCCUGGCCCCCAAAGGGGACCCCAGGUAUUCCCAACCCACUACAGACCUAGUAGACCUAGGGGCCGACAUGUUCGGGUCAGGGACCUCCGCCGAUUUCAACUUCGCGCCUAAAACUGAAGCGCCCGAUCCGUACGAAGCGAAAUCGAAACCCGACGACCGCGGGCCCUCCCUCACCCCGCCGAAGCCCGAUCCGCAAGUCAACAAUAAAGAGUGGACGAAGUUCGUCGACUCGCCGACUUCGAGUGUCUCAAGCCCCGGGCCUAAGCCGGUAAACUUCGACUUUCACAAGUCCGCCCUAGAGCGGGACCCGAAGAUUUAUCACCCGGUAGCGUUGAGAGUGACUCCGGAUGUGACGGUACCUCACGGGGAGGAGCUCCGGUCGAGCACUUCACCGAGGCGAGACGACUUCGCCCACGCCUUCGAGCUGGCCAGCCCGAAGCGGCUAAAUCCGCCGGCCGAACCCGCGCCCAACGGGGCGCCGCAAGAAAUCAAAUCGAUCCAACGCCCGCAGCCGAAGAAGCCUUUAAAAAGCGCCGGAGCUCUACCUCCACCGCCAGCGCGGGAGUCCUCAGUGCACGCGGACGACGGGCCCGCUUCUUUACAGUACGCGCCGAAGAAGGAGCCGCCGCCGCCGCCGCCGCCGCGGCCGCUGCGCAACCACGCCCGCUCCAGCUCGCUCGACCUCAACCGCUUCAAGGCCGCGCCCCAGCCCGCCCCCCCGCCGCCGCCGCGCAUGUCGCCCUCCGCCGCCUCCCCGCCGCCGCCGCGCCGCCUCGUCAACCAGCGCAGCGAGGGCGAGCCCGCCUUCCCGCCCGACGCCUUCGCCCCGAGGGGGGACUACGACGGCGAGGGCUUCGGGUACAAUAGGGAGGACGCGCCGAAGAUGCACGGCGCGUUCGAGGUGUACCGGAAACCCAGUCGCGAGGGCUCGGCGGGCGCGGAGGAGCCGAGCGUGCGAGCGCUGCAGGAGCAGAACGCGGUGCUGCACCGCGUGUGCCGCGCGCUGUGCGCCGAGCUGGCCGACGUGGCUCGCGAGCGCGAGCAGCUGCGGGCGCGCCUGCAGCCGCGCGACGCCGUGUAGCCUCGCGCCACCCCGGCGGCGACACCCCUGACCUGGGCGAUUGCAGAGCCGCGAGACCGACGUACGUUGCUAAUUUACCGUUAAUAAUAUAUUCCUAAUUCGAAGUACACGUAGUCUGUGGGGUAAAUUUGGACUGUACAUCCUUAAGUCACUAAUUGGGCGCCGAUUGGUGAUUAUCGCUAAAAAUUAUAUGCUUAAGGUCGGUGCACACCGACUACAAGUGGUGUGCCGUCUCUUAUAAUGAUCCGUGCACGACUACGCACAGUCACACACGCAUCCAGUAUGCAUGCGGUCUGUUUUGAAUGUUAUCUUUGGUAUAGAUAUACAUAAGUUCAGCGUAAGAAGUCCCGAAGCCAUAAAGAUUACGCUUACAUCGCCUACUGCUUAUGGAUCGUUUUUAAAACAUGAUUGGCUGAAAAAGGUCAAUAGUCCUGGCUAGCUACCUAUCCUGUUUUAAGAUUAUACACGUUUCAAAGUGAACUUUAAAGGGCCAUCACAAUAGAUCACUGCUUCGUCCACGUGGCACUCAAAGGCCCGCAACACUCCAAUAAUAAUACACGUUUUAAAAUUGCCUAGUUUUAAUAAAUAUUUCAUGUAUUAUAAAGGGCCAAUUUCUACAUAUUUUUUUACGAUACCUGCGUUUGAUCGAUACGUAUUUAUAUUGCUACUUUGAAUCUGAACGCUUGAAUACUUUUAUAAUAAUAUUUAAAGGACAUUUUAUAACAAGAUAGGUGGCCCGGCGAGCGAUCGAAAACCCUGGUGCGAAGAAGAGUUAUUAUGUAUUUACCAUGAUUUAUUAAUUCAAUCAUUUUGUAUUAUUUGACGUAUGUAAUCUCAAUGAACAAUGGGAAUAUUUUUACAUAUUUUACUUAUUGUAUCCCAGUCACGUUUAUCGAUAUAGUGUAAAAUAUCGAUAAUUUAGAAUAGUUUUUCGUUAUCUGAACGAGACAAA